GGGUCAACCAAAUGGCUAUUUUUGCCAAUUUUUCCCGCGUGUUGUGGCCUAAGUAAUAACAUAAAAGCCGUUCUUGUUCCACUCGUAGCGGGAAAGAAAGAGGCAUUCUACUAUGGCGCCACUUACGCAAAGCUCUCAACCAUGGGUCGAGAAAUAUCGACCGAAACAAGUUAAGGACGUAGCUCACCAGGAUGAGGUCGUUCGAGUCCUCACCAACACUCUCGAAACCUCUAACUGCCCGCAUAUGUUGUUUUAUGGUCCCCCUGGAACUGGAAAGACGACGACUGCUCUUGCCAUUGCCCAUCAACUUUUCGGACCUGAGCUGUACAAGUCGAGGGUAUUGGAGCUAAAUGCUAGUGAUGACCGUGGUAUCAAUGUAGUUCGAACAAAAAUUAAGAACUUUGCUGCUGUUGCUGUAGGUUCUAAUAGGCAAAGUGGUUAUCCCUGUCCACCUUUUAAGAUCAUAAUCCUUGAUGAAGCAGAUUCAAUGACUCAAGAUGCUCAAAAUGCCUUGCGACGCACUAUGGAGACAUAUUCAAAAGUUACAAGAUUCUUCUUCAUUUGUAAUUACAUCAGCAGGAUCAUAGAGCCACUCGCUUCCAGAUGUGCAAAGUUUAGAUUCAAGCCACUUACUGAAGAAAUAAUGGGCAGCCGAAUAUUGCAUAUUUGUAAAGAGGAAGGUCUUAAUCUAGAUUCAGAGGCUCUUUCUACCCUCAGUUCCAUUUCUCAAGGUGAUCUGCGAAGGGCUAUAACAUACUUACAAAGUGCUGCUCGGUUAUUUGGAUCUUCCAUAUCAGCAAAGGACCUAAUUAGUGUGUCUGGGGUCAUCCCAAAUGAAGUUGUUCAGGCCAUAUUCUCAGCUUGCAGAAGUGGCAAUUUUGACUUGGCAAACAAAGAAGUGAACAAUGUCAUUGCUGAAGGAUAUCCUGUUUCUCAGAUGCUGUCUCAGUUGUAUGAUAUAGUAGUUGAUGCAGACGACAUUUCUGAUGAACAGAAAGCAAGAAUAUGCAAGAAAUUUGCUGAAGCCGACAAGUGUCUUGUUGAUGGAGCAGAUGAGUAUUUGCAACUUUUGAAUGUUGCAAGCACCACAAUGCAAGCGCUUAGCAACAUGCCGCAGGACAUGGUAUUUUGAAUUUGUAUUCUGCUAUGAACUCUAGGAAAGUCACGUUAUCGACAGGUUAUUUGGUUUAUUGGGAAUCCUUUAAUAUGGUUUGCUUUCUAGUCUUUGCCUCGUAAAUUUGUCUACGUAGUAACGGCUUAUAUUUGCAUGACAUUGACCUGUAGUUCGAUUAGAUUAUAAGCAAAAUUAUGUGGUUGCAUAUGGCA